GGCAGCGGCUCGGCUCUCAGACUGAAGCAGACAAAGGCGAGAGGAGAGACGGCGUGCCGCUAUCCUGCAGCAUCGACUCACACAUUCACGCACACUCCCCCCCAGCACACACUCCCUUCUCUCCGCAAGCAGCGACGCAGACUCUCCGGAGCUGGUCCCCACCACCACACAUCUGUCAAAACCAUCUCAACUUUCAGUCAUCAUGGAGCUAGACUUUGGACAUUUUGAUGAGCGAGACAAGGCAUCUCGUGCCCAGCGGGGCGGGCGCCUGAACGGACUUCCCAGCCCUACCCACAGCGCCCACUGCAGCUUCUACCGCACGCGCACUCUGCAGGCCCUCACCAACGAGAAGAAAGCCAAAAAGGUGCGCUUCUACCGCAACGGGGACCGUUACUUCAAGGGCAUCGUGUACGCCGUGGCCAACGACCGAUUCCGCACCUUUGACUCGCUGCUGGCCGACCUCACACGCUCGCUCUCCGACCACAUCAACUUGCCACAGGGUGUCCGCUUUAUCUUCACUAUCGACGGCACGCGCAAGAUCGGCUCAAUGGACGAGCUAGAGGAAGGGGAGAGCUACGUUUGUGCAUCAGAAAACUUGUACAAGAAGGUCGACUACACAAAAAACGUCAACCCCAACUGGUCCGUGAAUGUAAAGGCCUCGGCGAAGAACAUGCAAGCCUUUGCUGCCAAAGCUGCCGGCGAGUCCAGAGAAGGCAAGGACUUUGUUCGACCCAAGCUCGUGACGGUGAUGCGCAGCGGCGUGAAGCCACGCAAGGCCGUGCGUGUCCUGCUCAAUAAGAAAACGGCACACUCCUUCGAGCAGGUGCUCACCGACAUCACAGAGGCCAUUAAACUGGAAAGCGGCGUGGUGAAGAGGAUCUACACACUUGACGGCAAGCAGGUUACUUGCCUUCAAGAUUUCUUCGGUGAUGACGAUGUCUUCAUUGCAUGUGGACCAGAGAAGUUCCGCUACGCCCAGGACGACUUCUCUCUGGAUGAGAACGAAUGCAGAGUGAUGAAGGCUAAAGCUCAGCGUGGUUCAGUUAAGAGCCCUGGUCCGAUCAGCCGCAUCAAGUCUCCUGCCGAAUCAACCAACGGGACGGGCUCCAGCAGCCAGCUCUCCACCCCGAUUUCCAAGCAGUCCCCCACCUCCACCCCUAACAGCCCAGGCCUCAACAACAAGCAGAAGGAUCUCUACUUGCCCUUAUCUCUGGAUGAUGAUGACUCUCUGGGCGAAUCGAUGUAGACCCUCUUCCUGGAGCCUGCCUCCUUUUUGGCCUGAAACACAGAAGUUUUUAUACCUCUGCUGCUUUCCACCUUCACUCACAGUGCCACCUGUUGUCUAGGAGAACCACUCUUUGUCUCUUUUUAAGGCCUUAGCCACCAGGGCUAUGACGCCAUUUGCUGCUUGAGAAUAACACAAACACAAAGGUUUUUUUUUUCUUUUUAAAAAAAUCUGUUUCGACCACGUGGUAACAAUCAGCUCAUUAAUGUUCAGAUAUAUGUUUCUAUGUGGAGAUUAACCACUAUUUCUCAAAAAGGGCACACAGUUCACUGACCAGCAGAUUUCACGGUGUAAAAAUUUCACUUUGGUCUCAAAACGUUUUGUUAAAGGAUGCACUCUGACUUAAAUAUUUCAGUCACACAAUUUCCAAGCAGCAAAUGGAUAUUUUUAGGGUGUUAGUCAAAUCUGACUCAACUUUUGUAUCACUUGUAUUUGUGACGUUCCUCCAUGUCCUCCUGUCCUCCGGUUAAAGAUGUGAAAGGUAAUGGGUUCCUUGUCAGAGGAGAUCUGCUAAGCCAGAUAAUGUCUUUCUAACCCGCUGUAAAUACUGUGUAUAGCUAUCCAUCAUAACAUCUCUGCCCACUGUUCAUCGCUGUGCUUCCAUAACGUCACUACAGUGUCUGUCUAACAUUUGCUCAACAUAAAACAGGGUAUGGUCAAAGUAAAAGAAAAAGAAGUCCCACCACAGAGGGUGAGGAUGUGUGUGUGGGAUGCAGCUCCUGUCUGCAGAGGACCGGAACGCCUCCUCAAUUCACGUUCCCUACUGAAUACAUAAAGAAGAGAUUAUGAAACCAUCUAUAAAAUGACACUUUUAAAACCACCCUAACAAUGGUGGUUUUAUUAUUUGGCAAUAAUUGGCAUGUAUCUUGUCUAAUCAGGGACAAGAAAAAGCAUCCCACACAACCCUCAGAAGUCUUUGUGUUGGCGUUUCCUCUAUUUUGACCCUCUACAUAGACAGUAGGCUAUACAUGGUAUAUACCCUCUGUGUUUUAGAUUUUCACAAACUGCAGUGCAUGAUAUUGAUGAAUGAUUAUGAAACUUGGGUCAUGUAAAAAGCUCAUCUGAAGGACCUAAUGGUGCAUAAAAACAACCAAAGGAAAAAGAAAGAUCUUAGGCCCUUUUUUAAGUGUAGUUUCUAUUGACCAAUUCAAAAUAAUUCCCUUUUAGACCACUUGUGGUGACAUGUUAUCGUACAAUGUGUGAAAUUCAAAGAGAAAUAAAUAAAGGUCUUAAAGCCAAAGUAUGAUUUUUGAAGUAUGAUGAAGAUUUUUUUAGACCAAGACUUAUAGAAAAGGGGAAAAUAUGUAACUUUUAUUAGUUGUAAAAUUCUUUAAAUAUUCUGGAGGAAGCACACUUGGAGAUUUAUGCAUGUUUUAACGUAUCAAAAUAACGUCAAAUCAUAAAUCAUGCUCAUCUGAGGAAAUUAGAGUUUUAUCAGGGCGCUAAACAGUAGUUGGGUUUCUCCUAUUUUGCAUGGCUCAGCAUAGUUCUCAGAUACAGGGGAGAUGAAAACGUAACUGUCUAAAUCUAUGUGUGGGUUUUAAAUUUUUAUAAAGUUUUAUUAAUUUAUAUCAAGGGUACUUGUCUAGGAUUUCUUUCUAGCUGCUCACAUGAGCUCUUAACACUAGUACUUUUUUCAAGCCUCUGUGUGCAACUUUCUAUGGCCAUAUAUUUCUUUUUAUAUCAACAGAGUUUUCUCAGAUUUUUGCAGGGAAUCAAGCCUGAGAAUCGCUAAAUUUGGACGGCGCUGAAGCACAAAGCAGGGAGCUACUUAUUUAUCACAGCAACAGACACUUUAAUGUCUACUUGCCAGCAUUACGAUGCGUGAUCACAAUUCAUUUCUCCAAAUAUUGGGAAAAAGUGCUGCACAUGUAGCAUCCUUUUAAAUUAAAAUCUAUGCAUUUGGAUUCAAGAAUAGUUAAAAUUAGUUUUUCUUCUGUAGAAAUGGCCUUUUUAUACCCAAUGAGAAAUGAAGUAAAACAGGAAUUUACAUGCUUUUAUUCCAUUGUGAUGAUGUGACAGUCUGAAAGUUGUAUGUCUUAGGAGUGGUCCGGUGCCCUUCCUGUGGAUUAGCUUUGAAUAGCCACUAUUAAUGCUCACCAAACUACCCGGUGCUGUGAACUACACCUCUCUCCUGCAGGGAGUGCUGCCACGCCAGCACAUUUGCUUCUAAAAUCAGCUAAUCCAACAGCAGGGACGCCUCACUUUACCCACUAUUCUGUACAAAAACCCAAUUUGUUGUCAAACUCUCAGUUCUGUAUAACCUUACAUGCUAAUACUGUUCUUGUUUCCUUGGUUUUUCUACAGCUUAUUACAGUGCUACAGCAUAUAAACAUAAACGGAAAAUGUUGGUUGUCUUGUGUUAACCUGCCGCCACCAUGUAAGACAGAUGGUGUGAGUUCAUCACCUACAGUGGUGCCUUUUUUUUAGAUUACUGUCUUUUGAUAAAAAAUAAUGAAACGGGACAUCGAAGGCUUGAUCUUUGUUAACAGCUGUUUGUAAGACAUUUUUAAUCGUCCAACACACUUUGUUUUGUAGAGCUACAGGACACUUUAUCAUGGUGUAAAUAUGCUCCCUUCCUGUUCUCUUUCAUAUGUAUGCCUUUCUGAUCGAAUGAAUGACUUUUCUUUCUUGGAAAUUUACAAUGUCCUUUUUAGUGGUAUUUUGCAAUGUCACAGUGGCUUGUUUCAGUGCUUCAUUCAAUGUAUUAACCGGUAUCCUUUUGCAAUUAAAACAGUUGUAUUUCA